GCGCACACACACACACGCACACACACGCAAAGAGCGAGAGAGAGAGAAAGACAGAGAGAGAGAGGGAGAGAGAGUGAGAUAGAGACUAAAGGCUCCUCUUAUAUCUGGUGGGGUUUUGCCUCUGGGUUUGAAGAAACAAACAAGAACACAAAAGCUCUUGCAACAGCCUAACCAACCAACCAACCAACCAACCGACAGACAGACAUCGGAAGCAGAUCAUUUUAUGACUUUCCAGGUUAACUGAAUUGUUAUCCCGAGGUAGCCCAGUGUCCUAUGUGGACAUUUCUUCACCCCAGAACGGCUGUGUAUUUCAGCGGAACAGAUAACGAAGAAGACGGAUUACAAUGUUGAGAAUUUUGGAUGCUUUUGUCACUUUUGUGACUCUCUCCUGUCUGCUGGAAGGGGUGUUCGGUGGAUACGGGAUGAGCAUGUUCGCCGCGCAAACAUCUCCUCCAGACCCGUGUUACGACGAGAACGGUAACCCGAGAAGAUGCAUCCCCGAUUUUGUGAACUCGGCGUUCGGGAAGGAGGUGCGCGUAUCCAGCACCUGUGGCAAGCCCGCCAGUCGGUACUGUGUGGUGACUGAAAAAGGUGACGAAAGAAACCGGAAUUGCCACAUUUGCGACGCAUCGGACCCCAAGAAACACCAUCCACCAGCCUAUCUAACGGACCUUAACAACCCUCACAAUCUCACUUGUUGGCAAUCUGAAAAUUAUAUCCAGUACCCGCAGAACGUGACGCUAACCUUGUCACUAAGUAAAAAAUUCGAAGUGACUUAUGUGAGCUUGCAGUUCUGCUCGCCAAGACCCGAAUCCAUGGGUAUCUUCAAGUCAAUGGACUACGGCAAAUCGUGGGUCCCGUUCCAGUUCUACUCAACGCAGUGUCGGAAGAUGUACAAUAAGCCGAAUAAAGCUACUAUCACCAAACAGAACGAGCAAGAGGCGAUUUGCACUGAUUCCCACACGGACAUGCAUCCCCUCUCUGGCGGUCUCAUCGCGUUCAGCACCUUAGACGGACGUCCGUCGGCGCACGACUUUGACAACUCUCCGGUGCUGCAAGACUGGGUGACAGCAACCGACAUUAAGGUGACGUUCAGCCGACUGCAUACUUUUGGUGAUGAAAAUGAGGAUGACUCGGAACUUGCACGGGACUCUUAUUUCUACGCGGUAUCAGACCUCCAAGUCGGUGGACGCUGCAAAUGUAACGGUCAUGCUUCCCGGUGCGUAAAAGACAGGGAUGGGAAUUUGGUUUGUGAGUGCAAGCACAACACCGCUGGACCAGAAUGCGACAGAUGUAAACCGUUCCACUACGACCGACCAUGGCAACGAGCUACAGCCAGAGAGGCAAAUGAAUGUGUCGCGUGUAACUGUAACCUGCACGCGCGGCGCUGCCGCUUCAACAUGGAGCUGUACAAGCUGUCGGGGAGGAAGAGCGGCGGCGUGUGCCUCAACUGCAGACACAACACGGCCGGACGCCACUGCCACUACUGCAAGGAGGGCUACUACCGGGACAUGUCCAAGCCCAUCUCCCACAGGAAGGCCUGCAAAGCAUGCGAUUGCCAUCCCGUGGGCGCUGCGGGCAAAACCUGUAACCAAACCACGGGCCAAUGUCCCUGUAAAGAUGGCGUGACGGGUAUCACGUGCAACCGUUGUGCUAAAGGCUACCAGCAGAGCCGCUCACCCAUUGCCCCAUGCAUAAAGAUUCCGAUAGCACCGCCAACGACCACUGCAAGCAGUACAGAGGAACCAGCAGAUUGCGACUCCUACUGCAAAGCAUCGAAAGGCAAGCUGAAGAUCAACAUGAAGAAAUACUGCAAGAAAGAUUAUGCCGUCCAGGUUCACAUCCUGAAGGCGGACAAGGCGGGCGAGUGGUGGAAGUUCACCGUCAACAUCAUCUCCGUCUACAAGCAGGGCGAGAGCCGCAUCCGACGCGGCGACCAGUUCCUGUGGGUGCGCGCCAAGGACGUGGCCUGCAAGUGCCCCAAGAUCAAGCCCGGCAAGAAGUACCUGCUGCUGGGCAACGACGAGGACUCGCCGGGCCAGAGCGGCGUGGUGGCGGACAAGGGCAGCCUGGUCAUCCAGUGGAGGGACACGUGGGCCCGCAGGCUCCGGAAGUUCCAGCAGCGGGAGAAGAAAGGCAAGUGCAAGAAGGCCUAGGGGACACGCCGAGAGGACCAGCGCGUCCACAACUCAGAGCUGGACGGAGGGAUUAAGGAAGAGGAGAGAAAAAAAAACGGAGAGAGACAGAGAGACGGACUGUGGGAGAGCGAGAGCGAGCGAGAGAGAGAGAAGGAGAGAGGGAUUGACCGUUGCUGCUUUGAGUGGAGGCAUGAAGAGAUUAUUAGGAUGAUAUUUGAAAUAGGAACUUUUUUUUGUGAAGGAGCUCACCUUGUAUUUUCUUGUCAUAUUGUUUAUCAUUUUCUUCAAGAUUGCAUUCUGUCAUGUGGAUUUUGCUGAGUUUGCACCUAUACUUACCCAAACCCAUGUAGUACCCAGCGUUGUAGUCUCUCAGCUUCGUUAUGUCUUGAAUCAAUGUCAUUGAAACAUUUUCCCACUGCUAAUGAAACACAAAGCAAGCCAUUGCAACAACCUCUUUCACCAACUGGCCAGUAAGCGAGCAUAUUGAAGAUGUAAAAUCUGCUGGGAGGAGAUAACUCUGUGUUUCUACUAAGACCACACAAACGGUGGAGUGUUUUCACAUUCUUACUUUAUCACCAGUUUUUCAGAUGUCAGAUUUCAUGAUUACAAAACAGUUUUAUCCCAAUAUUUAUUUAUAAUAAAUCGUUCUAUUCAAAUUAUAGUGGUACAAUUAUUAUGUAUUAGGCUAAUCCUAUACAGCAAACACACACUCCCAGAGUACCACCACGCUGCAUAAAAAAAGUUUUGUGCUUCAGUCUUUUCUGCAUCUACAUGGGUUUAAUGACAAAGGCCGUACGGAGUUAAGAGGUUCAUGGCCCUUUAUAAGCAUAACACUAGUCUCUAAUAGACAUAAACAUUGGACAUUCUUAUACACAGUUUUGUUUGUUUUGUCUGGUGAGACAGUCAGUAUUUAGGGUAAGGUGAGGGCAAGAAGUUCAAAUGAAAGUUGAUGUUUAAUUCUGACCAUCCAAGCCCUUAUGUAUAGUCCAUAACUGCAUGUACGUUAUAACUGGUGCUGCUCUUGGGUCACUAAUCUCAGCAGUGUUUUUGGAUUACUUCAUUUCCAUCCGUACAAAAAAAAGGACUGACAAGGAAACUAUUUUCACUGCUAUGGACACUUACGAUGAUUCUUGGUAGCGCCGAGAGAACGACAGACCAUAAUAUAAUUUCCUUUCUUCUUUUUUCUUCUGUUGAUGAUGUAUUUAUAUCGCUGUGUAAUUUGUUUCCAAUGGUUGCAACCAUUUCAAGGUUGGAAAAAAAACUAAAAAGACAACCUGUGGACAUUGUCAGAGGUUAAUCAAACCGGCGCUGUUGCUUAGCAGAGUUGGUUGUCAAGGCAGCUCCAAAAGCUCACCUGUGGAUCAGAGUGUUGAUUCACUGCUGAAUUUGUGGAGCUCUGAUGGAAUUGAAGCCAGUUCUGGUCCCACCGAUUUGGGGAGUUUUGCUUUGUUCUGUUUUCAAGGUGUGUAUAUUGUGUAACCACACAGAGUAUUUUCAGUUGUAACCUGUGCUUGUAAGAUGACUAUAAACUCUGCAGUUGCUAUAGGUGCCAUAUAGCAGGGGAUCUGCCAUGAACAGCAAGUACAAGCUCAUGAAAUUAAGACAAUGGAGCUGCAAUUCUCAACAUAGCAGAGAAACUCCCUAAUAUCCUCAAUUUAAUAUCCUUAGCUAUGAAUGAUUGAAUUGUACUUGGGUACAAUGAACCCGUUUAUAUGCCUGCAUAAUCCGUCUGGGUAUUUUCUUUUUUAAUUCUUGUUAGGAAUCAUCAUUGGUAUCACUGGUAUUUGUUUUACAAACAAUAUAGUCAAAUAAUGUUAAUAAUAUUAGAAAGCUUAAGAAAGAAAACUUUGAGAUGGAAAAACAGCCAGACCCUUGGUCUAAAUAAGCAGACUUCUCAAUGCUGGAAUGACCGUUUCCAGUUCUCUCUGCCACAGCAUAAACAUUUGCAAACAUUUCAAACAAUUUGGAAUUAUUUCAAACCAUAAAUAAAAACACAGUGCACAUAUUUAUUUGAGCUGCCACUGUGAGGGGAGUUUGAAAGGCUGUUGGAGUACUAUUAAGCUUGCUUAAUCCGUUUAUAUUUAUAUAUAUUUGUCUAUUUUGCCAAUAAAAUAUAAGACCAUUUGUGCGAUGUGAGAGGUAGUGUAAGCUUUCCUCAGGGCACAAAAAAAAUGGUUUUCCAGUCGAAAUGUAAUUUGUAUAGAUAGUGUUUUUUUUUCUUUCUUUUUUUUGAAUAGCAUGAAUUAGAAUUUAAUAACAUAUUUUGGAGCAUAUGCAACACUGAAAUCUGGCACAAGAUGAUUUGGGGGAAAUCGUUUAAAAAAAUGCUAGAAAGUAUUGUGGCAAUUCUAGGUGACAGAUAAAUAUCACUAAUAAACAUCUCUGGAGUCCUCAAGGGCAUUAUUUUACACCAUGAAUUUCCUGAUUUUCACUUACUAGAUCGAGCACACCAGUCAUUCACAUUUGUUUUGUCUUGAGAUCAUGCUAAUCAUACACUGUCCAAGAGGAUAUGGACGAUGAGUUAUUAAGGCCCCAUAUUGAUUUCCAGUGCCAGUGUCAAGUAUUGAUUACAAUAAUUAUGUCCGACAUGUUAAGUAGCUGGAUCUUACUAAAAGACGACACACUUCCACUUCAGCUGGCGACGCACCCAGACGUGAUACCGUGACGCAGGCAAGCAUGGGGAGAAGGAAUCUGAAGUGGAAAUCUGGACUUGUACAGAUCAUUUAUAUACACACACAUAUGCUAUGUACUGCUGUCAUUGCAAUGAUGAAACACAAAGGUAUAAUAUGUAAUAUUUAUACAUAGACUGACAUGUUACGGUCCUCAUCUUUAUAUUCAUCAACUACAGUAUCAUAUGUAAAUGUAUUCAUGUUUGCCACUAGAUAUGUAAUCAAAUCACAAACUCAUUUUUGUACCUGUAAUACCACGAUGUAAAUUUUAGAUCCGUCGUUCUUUCGAGCAAUGAGAUGACAGUGUCCUGGUUCUUCAUUAUGACCGGCAGUUGCUUUUUGUUUCAUACUGACUUGUAAAUUUAGCUGUGGCCAAUGCAAGAAAGUCUGCCAUGUUGUUUGAUGUGUACUAAUAUAUUAUGGUUCUUAUGUAUGGAAAUAUUUAAUGACACAAGACAGUGUGGAUUUUGUUAUUUGCCUUUUUUUUAUUACCUUUUAUGGUUGUUUAGAUGGUUGUGAUUCCAAACCAGAUUA